AUGGAAUAUCUGGAUAAAGACAGAUCUUUGGCCACAGCCACCACAGAUGACGUUGAAGAAGAAGAGGAGGAAGGUGGACCAAUACCCAUCACCAAAAUCGAAGUAAAUGGCAUUACGGCCAACGAUAUCGAGAAAUUGAAAAAUGCUGGCUUCCAUACCGUUGAAUCGGUGGCCUUUGCUCCACGUAAAGAGCUGUUGGCAAUCAAAGGCUUCUCCGACAGUAAAGUUGAUAAACUUGUUGAAUAUGCCUAUACCCUAGUGCCGAUGGGUUUUACAUCUGCUCUGAGUUUUUAUCAGAAGCGUUCGGAAAUUAUUAUGUUAACCACUGGAUCAAAAGAAUUGGAUAAACUAUUGGGUGGUGGUAUCGAGACCGGAUCAAUUACCGAAUUAUUUGGAGAAUUUCGUUCGGGGAAGACACAAUUGUGUCAUACAUUGGCGGUAACAUGUCAGCUGCCAAUAAGUCAGGGUGGCGGUGAGGGAAAAUGUCUUUAUAUCGACACUGAGGGUACAUUUCGUCCCGAACGUUUGGUGGCCAUGGCUGAUCGUUAUAAAUUGGUAAAGGAUGAUGUUUUGGAUAAUGUUGCAUGUGCCAGGGCUUUUAAUUCAGAUCAUCAAACUCAAUUACUAAUGCAGGGUGCGGCAAUGAUGUCAGAAUCAAGAUAUGCUUUAAUUAUUGUGGACAGUGCCACAGCCUUAUAUCGUACCGAUUAUGCUGGACGUGGUGAAUUGGCAGCACGUCAAAUGCAUUUGGCACGAUUUUUACGUUUACUUCUGCGCUUAUCAGAUGAAUUUGGUGUUGCUGUUGUUAUUACAAAUCAAGUGGUGGCCGAGGUUAAUGGUGGAGCAUCUAUGUUCCAAGCCGAUGCUAAAAAACCCAUUGGCGGCAAUAUCAUAGCACAUGCAUCCACAACACGUCUAUCGUUGCGCAAAGGACGUGGUGAUACACGAAUUUGUAAAAUUUACGAUUCACCAUGUUUACCCGAAUCGGAAGCAAUGUUUGCCAUAUUACCCGAUGGUAUAGGUGAUGCAAAAGAAUAAU